AUGAAUGGCUGCCUGUUGGGAGAGAUCCAGCUGUACGUAACACGAGGGAAAGAGAGCACAAAGUUGUUGUCUGUUGAUGGUCGUGUCAUCCAGGAGCAAGUCGACCAGCUCUCGUGCGAUCAUGAAGAGGCGGACACAAGACUGACGCUACAUGCAGCUCAUGCCCCAAGUCGGGCUGCCAAACCGUUCUCGUCAAGUCUCCAGACACUGCAUGAUGUGUUCAUUCUAGCAUUACGAAGCUGGUCUGACCCGAAACAUCUUUGUAUGUGAAUACUGCCAUACGGCCAGUUGGAGAUCGCAACAGGAUAAUUUUGCUUGACACAAUAUCGAGAGAGGUUAGCCCAGAACUUUGUUCUGCUCUGCCCGGAUUUCAUGCAUUCACAGAUGUCAUAUAAAAUUAAACUUUUUCUAGGAAUAAAGACAUAAGUUAAGUAAAUGUUACAUUCUUGUAUAGGUUGUGAUUACACCAGCUCGUUUUAUGGUAAAGACAAGGCAAAGGCUCUCAAGUCAGUUCGAGCAAAUGAACAGUUUCUUUCAGCAUUUUCUGACUUGGGAACCUCAGAAGUGGUAUGUGAAGAAACUGUAGUAAACAAGCUCAACGUUUUUACUUGCCGUCUGUUUGGCGAUCAGACAGCAACAACCGUAAAUGACGCGCGCUACAGCUUGUUUACGAAGGGAAACUUUGGCGAGGACUGUUUACCUCCAAAUAAAGACGCACUUCUAUUGCAUAUAAAGUCGUGCCAAUUACGUAUCAUACAUUUGGCGCAGAUGUAUAUAUAAGCCCAAAUAUCGACGCCCCCGACUUUUGCAACCAUGGUUUUGAUGGUUGGCAAGUGGAUGAUGGUGAGGUAAGAGUUCAUUGGUUGUUCUGUUUACCUGCGAUGGACAACAUUAUUGAAAGUUCCAGCUGCAAUUGCAAAACGGGUUGCAAGAAUAAAAGGUGUAAAUGCAAAAAAGAAGAUUUGUCCUGCACCGAGAUUCGUGGUUGCACUGAGUGUGAAAACCAACAAUCUGCAGAAGCUGCAGAUUGUGAUGAUGUCUACAAUGACGUUGAAUCGGACGAUUCAGAUGUAGAGUAA